UAAAUGAAAUAUUAAACAAUGUAAAAGAACUUCUGUAAUAGUCAGCUAUAAUUCUCUCUCCUUCUGUCCCCUCAUGGUGGUUUUGGCAUCACACAUUUCCAAUGACGAACUGCUGGCUCUCAAAAUCAUCACCAAGGACAACAAUUACGGCAAUGAGAUCCUCAGCGAAAGCCGAAUACUUCAGGAAGUUCGUACCAGCCCAUUCUGCACCCAUGUAUAUGGUGCCUUCAAGACAAAGGACAAAGUAGUCUUCGCCAUGGAAUACCUAAGUGGGGGAGACCUGAUGGACUUCAUAAAAGAAAGAGCACCACUAGAUAUUGCGACAAUAAGAAUUGGCGCGGAAAAAGACAGAAAAGUCCCGGCCAGCAAUAUGUCUCUGAUAGAGACAGUUCAGGCCUGGAAAAAGUUCAGUGGGAUCCUGAAACUUCAGAGUUCAGUUUUUGAGCCAGCUCAUUGCAUGGAGUUUCUGGAUCUUAUCCUAGACACAACUGAAGCCAUGCCCUGA